UAUACACAUCAAUCAACGUUUUAUGUACACUCUAUACAUUGGUGUACGCGUUGCAAUUUGCAUACAACGAGUCUUUCAUCACAACAGCCCAAUCAUCUGUCACACAUGACGCACGUGGUGUGCGUUUGCCAUUGCUGAUGUCGUUUCCAUUUCUCCAUUCCCACGCGCCGGCAAAUGAUACAGCGGACAGUGCUGCGAAAGAUGGAACUGUGGCAGAGAUGGAGUCGAUGCCCACACAGGAGGCACUCGUGAAACAGUUGGAGGAGGCCGAUCGAUUACUAAAAGUUCAGAUCGAGGAGCGCAAUAGAAUAGAAGCUCUGAUUAAAAAUGCCCAGAAUACGGAUCCCGCAUCGAAGGACCUGAUAGUGUCGUGAAAACAAACACUGUACGUAGUGUCUGGCCAAUCAAAUAAAUCCGGAUCGCCUCAGGUGCUAUGAAUCGAGUCUGCAUUAGUCUCAGUACAUGUCGAUCAAGUAGCCGAUAACUUGCCUUAUUGUAUUUUUGGUCCCGCCACCUUAAUCCGUUCAAGGAACCAAAAGUAUGCUGGGUCAGGACAACUUCAAUUCAAUCUGCACUUGCUUCUACAUAAAAGGUCACUAGCAUUAAAGGUGCAAAAGCCAGUGAAUGUCGCUCUUUGUGUGUCGUCUACGCAAUACUCAUUCCGCAGAUCAUUCAUAUCUCUCUUGCUAUAAAAUUUGUGUCAGGUGGUUUUCCAGUAUUCGCAUUUAUCUCAGUAGAUUUCCUCUUUACCGUCGCUUCC